UCCAAUUAUGGAGGAAACGUGAGCGACCAUUUCCUCUGCUCAUCUGUCACGUCACUUGGCACAGCCUGUAGACAAGGAUGAGGGACGAGGGCUCGCGAGACAGACGACAGAAGCAACUGAACAGACGGACACAAACAAAAGCGGGCGGACAAAAACCCACAACACAGUUUGACAGGACUGAUGGUGAAAGGACUGCUAACAUUGGAUUCCUUCCAGCUCUGGCUGACUACAGUCAAGCUAUCUGCUCUCACUACAUGAGGACAAACCAGAACCUGCCAACAGCCGGGAUCAAGCCACUCAGCCAGUUGAGGACCAGUUGGAUACGACCUGGCAGCCAGAAGUCUGCCAGACAGGAAGCCAGUGGGGAGCCAGUAAUGCCACGGAAUGACCUGACAGAAGCGUUCUCAAACGCGGAUGACCCUGGGGACCCUAAACACCUUGCAAACCCCAGUGAGGAAGGUCCGACAAAGAGACAAAAGAAGCAGAGAAAGGAUUGCAGGAUCCUGGACCGGGCUGUUGAGGAUAGUCUGGUGGAGUUUUUCCGCGAAAACGAACUGCUGCUUUCUGGAUCUUCCAUAGGAAAGGAAAGUAAAAACAACAACCACAGUGACCAAAAUGUGCUGAAGAAACUCAACGCUGUCGUCCUCGCCAAUACCAGCUGUAGCGACACCUCUCACCUGGAAAAGAACUGAAGCAUAUUUUCAAAACUGUGUGUGUGGGUUGCACUCGAGUAUAAAGGCAAACUACGUGCGGGAGCGCUGCAUUGAUGUCAGCGCGGUCAUCACACGUCUCGAUUGCACUUGAUGUGUCUCCCCGUUCGCCUGAAAUGAGCGAGAAGAGUAUGAGGGGAGAAAUGAGACUCUUCACCCAUAAUCCCCUUCUGGCCUCCUGAACCCACUUCCCUAUGACCUCGUCAUGGCAACCUCCCUGAAGAGAACAAGGCACCUUCCUGCACGGCUUUCUUUCCACUUGCUGCUUCCCAUCGGUGGAAUUUUAUUUCUUUAUCCCGGGUGACAUUUCUCUCCUCAUUCUUUAUACAUGUCUGAACGACUCUGCUCCCUUGACAUUUGUAAUCGCCCUCUCCUCCCCUCUUUUCAUGAAUAAUCCACCCUUUUCAACUGUCACCAUUUGAUUUUUCACACCUACUAUUUUGGAUUCCCUUUUGCACGUCCUCUCUUCUGGUGACUUUCCCUGAGCAAAUACCCCCAAAACUAUGUCAAAUUACGCUUAUUAUAAACCACUGUCCAGUUAUACCAUCACGCUAAUGAAACAGCUUGAUGAAGAAAAAGAUGUGAUGGUGGUUUUCAAAGGGAGACGGAGUGAUAACAGGAAGCGCAAUCAUCUGAAUGAGGUGUGUCUGUAUUAAUACGUACUGGAGUUUUGAAAACGUUAUGUACCUUGUUUGCUAGGCUGGAGUGGGAACCAUUUUAUAUUCGAAUGUACUGUAAACGUACUCCAAAAAUAUCUUCGGUUACUAUGACAAUUUUUGAUACUGCUCUUGUGUCAUGGUUUGCUUUAAUAACUAAUCAGUAGAUAAAAAUUCCAUGAUCAUGACUAAAAAUGGCAAUUUUGGUCAAACUGGCACUUUUGUUGAAAGUACAUCCAUUGACCCAAUAUUUUUCUCUUUUUUUUACUGCUUAUUCUGUUCAGGGCUGAAAGGUUUUGUAUUUAUUUAUGUAUUCAAUUUUGGCACUAUUUGUCUUCCAUAUAUCGCCAAUUCCAGCUGACUUGGAGCAAAAGUGACUACACCCUACAUAAUUUAUUAUUGAAUCACCAUUGAAGCAUUACUCCACUGUAGAAAUUGCAAACUAUCUUUUAUUUUUCCUUUGAUCUUUCCGUCAUUUUGCCCAGUUAAUGUGUAAAUGUGUUUUUAUGCCGCCCAGUUGUCUUUAAGUACCGUAAUUUCCGGCCUAUAAGCCACAGCUUUUUUCACAUGCUUUCAACCCUGUGGUUUAUGCGGUGAUGCAUUUGUGCAUUUUUUCUAAUGGCCGCAAGGGGCACUCGAGCGGAAUUGAUAAGAGGAAAUAUAUGGAAUAUAUGUACCAAGGAAAUGACUUGUACCGGUCCAGCCCUGUUGGCGCUGCAGUAGUGUGUUACUGUCGUGUCUCAGUAAUUUUUUUCACCAGUUUUUAUUUUUAACCGGCCCUAUUAGCUAGUGCAGCACCGCUAGCGUUAAACUCUCUGUGUACCAUCUUUCUUUGUAAAUAUCUCGUGUUUCAAUGUGCGUUUCAAUGUGGGCACUAUGUAUGUACCAAAUGGUAUUUCCUUUAUCAAUAUUCUGGAUGAGCCUUAUAACCAGGUGCGCUCUGUGGGCUGGGAAAGAGAGCGCACCUGGUUCCCUGGCUGGGAAUUGGCCCUGUAGCUCAGUGGUUAGAGCACUGGUUUGGUAAACCAGGGGUUGUGGGUUCGUAUCCCACUGGGGCCUCCACUCCCUGAGAAGGGUUGCGUCAGGAAGGGCAUCUGGCGUAAAAAUUGUGCCAAACAUAUACGUGCGUUCAUCUGAGAUGACACGCUGUGGCGACCCCGAAAGGGACAAGCCGAAGCUCUGUAGGCUGGGAAUUACGGUAAUACAUAAAUGUAUACAGUAAUUAAACAUAGAAGUAAUUCAUCUAUAACAGAGACUUCAGAGUUCUGAAAAGCCCUUUGGAGAAGUUAUAAUUACUGAAAUAUGUCAUGGUCUUCGAGUAAAUUAGAACUCCCAAUUAAAUUAGUAAAGAGAUUAGAAAACCCCACAAGACCACAGAGCCAUUACUAAGUCACGCUCAGUCCUGUCAUUAACUGGGUACAGUGAUCAAAAAAGACUUUUUAGAAAUGAUCCAGUAAUGAUCUGUAUUUGUUAUGCACUAGUAUAACAAAGUAAACAUUCUGCAGAAAAAAAAAGUGGACAUGACGGAUAUUAAGACACAGUUACAGUUACACAGUGGAUGUUAAUAUCAAAUGCGGCCUGUUUGUGUAUUGGAGGUCAUAUAAAUUUAAUAUUAAAAUGUCCGAUUAAAAGAAACACAUUUCAA